GGACAGACGACCACAAUCCGAGAUGCUGUUCACGAAGCGGAACCUGCGGUCGGUAGUCUUCCAAAGACGCAUGCAGCUGCACGACAGCGUAGAUGUAGAGUUGAGAAACCUCCACACCCAGCACUGGCUCUAGAGGGCGAACCAGAGGCUAAACUGCCCAGACAACACGAGAGCUAUGUAUUUAAUGCAUGAGAUGACGGCCGGCACAGGUCGUGCUGACAGAUGACCCCUCGGAGAGGUAGGCGGGGCAACCGGGCUGGUGGGGCUAACAACCCCACAGGUCAACCGGCUACGCCACCGGCUACGCCUCGGAACCAGCCUGGGAGCUCUGUUACACCCGGAAGCGGGGGUAUGCAGCCAACAUGGGACCUUCGACAGCAUACGGAAGGCACGCUAACCCCGCGUACUCCAGUGGUCGACAACUCAGGGGGAUACGUAACAAGUGAACGGCCACGGAUCGGGAGCAGGAGAGAGGGCAACCUAACCACUGAGGUGCGC